UCUGAUAUAUCAGGCCUCCUUAAAUAGUGGCUGGUGGUGAAUGGCCAUAUACAGAGGCCGAUCCGCACAGUUGUAACUUUCCACGAGCACAUGGCAAUUGUAAGGUACCUACCUCCCAAUGCAUCAUGCAGAAUUAUCUAUCUAUCCCGUCACCCCAAGUCUCAUGUAGAAAAUUACCCCACACAAAUGCUUCUAUGUUCUUUCCUUCUUAGACCCCGACGAAUACACCAAUACAAUUCCAAGACCUUCUCAUCAUUUAGCCUCUAACAUAACAACUACUUAAAUCCUCAACUAUUUGAGCACACCUUUCUUCGACUCCCAGAGUUAACAAAUACGUCACUUUUCACCCCCCCCCCCCCGCAACUUCUCUCAUAGCAUAUCUCCUACGGCGUGUCUCCUACGGCGUACCUAUCUCCUUUCGGACCUAACAUAUCAAACUCAAAUCGAGAACAUGGAAUCGCAGACUACCGCCAAUCAAGCCCAGCCCCAGCUUGGAGUGCUCCUUCAGGGCAUCGGCAAACUAGUAGAAGCAGCGCUCUCGUCAAAUAGCGCUAUAGUGCAGGACCAUGCCAUUAAAUCCGAUAGUACCUUACUUCGGUCUCGUCAAUCCGAGUUGCUUAAGGAAUUUAAGGAUAUGAUGCUUACGGUUCAGAAUAGAGCAUCCAAGGCGAUCUACGAGGUAGAGACGAAAUUGGGAUCAUUGGAGGACUUGCCUGGUGUUAGUCCGGGAAGCGAGGUGAACCGCCUAUUGGGAUGCACGCUCCUAGGCCGUAGACCGAGUUAUAAACUUCGCGAUUCUGUCCACGGCAUUCCCCGUCCACAGUUGGUCACCUACGAUGAAGCUAGCCCGAUGCUGCCCCAGAACUUUGGGGAUCCUAUCGUGGCCUUGCAACCUACGUUGCGAAACGUCUGGGUAAUCCAGCAUGCUUAUGCAAAGCUGCUAAAUCAUAAAGAGGUCCUUAUCCAGCAAUAUCUUGCCGCAGCAGACGAAAGUGCAGUAGUGAGCCGUAAAAUAUCUCGCGAGUACUAUGAAGACCUCAGCUUAGGACAAUUGCCUUCAAAGAACAAGCUGGGCAACUUGCUCGAUGUCAAGCACUCGUCGUAUAACCAUGCGACACACGAUCUACAGAUUGUCCUCGUCUUCAAGGAACUUGGUGGUAGCCUCAAGUAUGUGGAGGCCGUGAAAGGAGAUCCGGUGAAUAUAGGAAAUGACGAAGAGAAUGGUCAAUAUCUAGUCCUCCCUGUUGCUGAAGCAAGCAUCAAGAACCUCUACGACGCAUAUAGGUCUCUCAGAAAAGCGACUUCAGAACAGCGUCGAGCUACUAAGGACAAGGAAUUUGCGGCCAAACUACCGGUGGACGAGAUGGACGAGCUCCAAAAGCGGUUUAGUUCUACCGGGAGUGGGCUUCUUAACGAAACGAACGUCAGUAGCACUAGGAAGCGUCGCCGAAUGGUGGACGAUGACGGCGAAUGAAUAAUCUCAUCUAAAGGAUACAUAAGAGUCUUUCUAGACCUUGCACAUCUUACACGCCUUGAAAGUAUUUAAGGGAUUUUAUUAAGAGUGUUCCACGGGAUGCUAGCUAAAUAUUAGGUGGCAUAAGAGGUGUAUCAUUAGUGAAUAAUUAGGUAGCACCUGAUGCAACGGCAUGGUGCCCAUUGCGUCAACAGCUAGGUGGUGGACCAGGUUGCUUGAUUGGGGCAAUCUCAUUUCCACGAUAGGAAGGACGGUCAAGAAGAAAGCGGGAACAUCACGAUAAACAUUUUAGUGUCGUGGAUAUCACGGAAGGAUUUAGAGAAGGAAAUUAUCAUAUUCAUUCCCCGGGAACAUAUGAUGCGGGACACAGCUGAAGGUAGACGAGGCAAGAC